AUGCCCAACAUCACUGAUGUAGACAUCCUCAAUUAUGCUCUGACACUGGAGCACCUUGAGGACAAGUUCUACCGCGAGGGCCUCGCCAACUUCACCAUGGAGGACUUCAAAAAGGCUGGCUACGGUGAGGUGUUCUACAAGAACCUCAAGGAAGUUUCCUAUGAUGAAACCACGCACGUCUCCUUCCUCACGCAGGCACUCACUGCCGCCAACGCAACCCCCGUGGCAGAAUGCACCUACGCCUUCGGUGUCACAGACGUAAAGUCCUUCCUCGCCACAGCCUCCAUCCUCGAGGGUGUCGGUGUCUCCGCCUACCUCGGCGCCGCUGCCUCUAUCAUGGAGAAGUUGUACCUCACCGCUGCCGGCUCCAUCCUCACCGUCGAGGCCCGCCACUCCUCGUACCUGCGCAAGGCAAACAAGCAGUCGCCCUUCCCGCAGCCCUUCGACGCCCCGCUCACCCUCGACCAAGUAUACACCCUCGCUGCGCCCUUCAUCGUCUCGUGCCCCGCGAGCAACGGCAUGUUGCCCGUCAAGGCCUUCCCCAUGUUGAGCGUCACCACCGAGGCCGACUGCAUCGCUACGAACAAGACCAUCACACUGCAGACCAAGGAGCCCGUGAUGGCAGAGUACAACGAGAAGUUCUAUGCUGCUUGGAUUGCCGUAACCGGGCCCACUUUCGUAGAGGCCAAGUUCGAGCAUGGCAACAUGUUCUCGACCAUGGUGCCGGUCGGCUUCCACGGACAGAGCUAUGUGGUGAUUACGAAGAAGGAGGGUAGCAUUACCGAUGACGAUGUUGUUGCGGGCCCGGCUAUUGUCGAGGUCAUGGGUGCCAGCGGAGAGAGCAUGUAG